CGUAUUAUUAUCGAUCCACGAUGUGUGUUGGUAACUAAAAUAAAAUUUAACACCAUUGUUAUCUCUCUGUGAUAUAUAGAGCAAAAUCAAGAAAGGAAAAAAAUGAGUGAUGAAGAUUUUGACGAUUUCAUGUUAAAGGUGGACAAAGUUGGAGAUCUUGUAAAGAAGCUGAAAGAGGCGAGUGCUUCUGAUUCGAAGGCGAUGCAAGAGGCGGACAAAUAUUUGAAAAAGCUCGAAAGCGAAAGGACAAAGAUCAACGUCAAACCGAACAACAACGCAAAAAAUAAUGACGGUCAAAAUUCGAACGCCGAACAGCUGGACAAUCGGAAAGACAGUGGAAAUCUCCAUACCUUGUCACCUGAGGAGUUCAUGAGAAAGGUCAACGAAGACGCGGAGAAACGAGAGGCUGAGCGGAGAGAUCGAAAGGCCGUUUCCGACACCUACAAAAAAGAAGCAAACGUCGCUUUUCGAUCUGGAGAUUAUUUGAAGGCCCUUCUUCUAUACAAUAAAGCCAUCGAUGAAGUUCGGGACAGUUGCGUUUUGUACACCAACCGAGCCCUGACCAACCUGCACUUGGAAUGUUACACGAAAGUGCUGGAGGAUUGCAAGUCGGCCCUUCGAGUCAACCCGGCCAGUCUCAAAGCCUUGGUCUACAAAGCCCGAGCCCACAAAGCCCUGGGCCAAAUUGAACUGGCCCAAGCCUGCACCCAGGAGGCCGUCAACCUGCACCCCAACCACAAGGCCUUCAUCAGGCACGCCGUCCUCAAGGACUCGAUCGCGGAUCAAAAAAAGUCAAAGUAGAUUUUUAUUUCUAGGGUGUUAAGUUUUGUGUGAAAUAAAAUAUGCCGUUUUGUUAAGUAUCAAAAUUAGAAAUUGACGGAAGUCUCUUUUAUUUUCUUGGGCUACUUUUUUCUCGUCCUUGGUUGUACAAGAGUACGGAUGUGGAAAAUCAGUCACCAGUAUUUUUUUUUCGUUUCAGCAG